UUGAAUUCUUUGGUCCUUGAUCUGGAUUAUCCAGCACUGAGGAAGAACAAGAACAUCGAUAAUUUCUUAAACAGAUAUGAGAAGAUUGUGGAAAAAAUCCGAGCUUUACAAAUGAAAGCUGAAGACUAUGAUGUUGUCAAGGUGAUUGGAAGAGGGGCUUUUGGAGAAGUGCAGCUGGUUCGCCAUAAAAUGACACAGAAGGUUUAUGCAAUGAAGCUACUUAGUAAAUUUGAAAUGAUCAAGAGAUCAGAUUCAGCCUUUUUCUGGGAAGAAAGAGAUAUCAUGGCCUUCGCCAACAGUCCGUGGGUGGUUCAGCUAUUUUGUGCCUUUCAAGAUGACAAAUACUUGUACAUGGUGAUGGAAUACAUGCCAGGUGGAGAUCUCGUAAACCUUAUGAGCAACUACGAUGUGCCUGAGAAAUGGGCCAAGUUCUACACAGCCGAAGUUGUUCUUGCUCUUGAUGCAAUUCACUCCAUGGGCUUGAUACACAGAGACGUGAAGCCCGACAAUAUGCUUUUAGAUAAAUAUGGGCAUCUGAAGCUGGCAGAUUUUGGCACUUGCAUGAAAAUGGAUGAAACAGGGAUGGUGCGCUGCGAUACAGCCGUGGGAACCCCUGACUACAUAUCGCCUGAAGUUCUGAAAUCGCAGGGGGGUGAUGGUUAUUAUGGACGGGAAUGCGACUGGUGGUCUGUAGGAGUUUUCCUUUUUGAGAUGCUGGUUGGUGAUACUCCUUUUUAUGCAGACUCACUAGUAGGAACAUACAGUAAAAUUAUGGAUCAUAAGAACUCAUUACACUUCCCGGAUGAUGUGGAAAUCUCUAAGCAUGCAAAGAACCUUAUCUGUGCCUUUUUAACUGAUAGGGAUGUUCGACUUGGGAGAAAUGGGGUAGAAGAAAUAAAGCAUCACCCUUUCUUCAAGAGUGAUCAGUGGAACUGGGACAACAUUCGUGAGACUGCAGCUCCUGUUGUUCCUGAGCUUAGCAGUGAUAUAGAUAGCAGUAAUUUUGAUGACAUUGAGGACGACAAGGGAGACGUGGAAACCUUUCCAAUCCCCAAAGCCUUCGUGGGAAACCAGCUGCCUUUUAUAGGAUUUACCUACUAUAGAGACAAUUUGUUGCUAAGUGACUCUUCUCAGUCUUGCAGAGAAAAUGAAUCUGUGCAAUCUAGUAAAAAUGAGGACAGCAAGGAGUUUCAGAAAAAACUAAGCAAGCUAGAAGAACAGCUGAGUAACGAAUUACAAGCCAAAGAUGAACUAGAACAGAAGUACAGGUCUACUAAUACUCGUUUAGAGAAGAUAGUGAAAGAGCUAGAUGAAGAGAUAACUUCAAGGAAGAAUGUAGAGUCUGCAGUCCGACAGCUAGAAAGAGAGAAGGCUCUUCUUCAGCAUAAGAAUACCGAAUAUCAGAGAAAAGCAGAACAUGAAGCAGAUAAGAAACGUAAUUUGGAAAAUGAGGUUAACAGUUUGAAAGACCAGCUUGAAGACUUAAAAAAGAGGAAUCAGAACUCUCAAAUAUCCAAUGAGAAAAUCAACCAACUACAAAGACAGUUGGAUGAAGCCAACUCUUUGCUGCGGUCAGAGUCUGAUACUGCAGCCAGGUUAAGGAAGAACCAGACAGAAAGCACAAAGCAAAUCCAGCAGCUGGAAGCUAAUAAUAGAGAACUGCAAGAUAAGAACUGCCUGCUGGAGAAUGCGAAACUCAAACUGGAGAAGGACUUCCUCAAUUUGCAGUCAGCUCUAGAAUCAGAAAGGAGAGAUCGAAGUCAUGGAUCAGAAAUUAUCAGUGAUUUGCAAG